AAGAGAAAAAUUGUAAUUAUGUUAAGAAAAGUUUUAAGAAAACGAAGUAUCUUGGUUUCUGAAUCGAGAUGCUUAUACAGUUCUUACAUAAAAAAUGAACCAGUAUCACCAACAGUUCGCACCAAGAUCCCGGGACCACUCUCAAAAGAUCUUCUCAGCAGUCUCAGUGAAAUUCAACAAGCCGGCUCAGUGCAAUUAUUUGCUGAUUAUAAUAAAAGUAUCGGCAAUUAUUUGGUAGAUGUCGAUGGCAAUCAAUUACUUGAUAUCUACACUCAAAUUUCAAGUAUGCCACUAGGCUAUAACCAUCCUGACAUGCUGAAAGUGUUUGAAUCUGAAACUAAUUUAAAAACUCUUAUAAAUCGACCAGCUCUCGGAGUUUUCCCUGGAAAAGAUUGGCCUGAUAAACUAUACAACGUUCUUAUGCCAGUUGCACCUAAAGGAUUGCCAUGUAUCACUACAAUGAUGUGUGGAAGUUGUUCAAAUGAAAAUGCAUUCAAAAAUAUUUUCUUGUGGUAUUGUCAAAAAAGACGUGGAGCUAAAACGAACUUCACAGAAGCUGAAAUGACUUCCUGUAUGAUCAAUUUGCCUCCAGGUUCACCCAAACUUUCAAUUCUUUCGUUUCAUGGUGGUUUUCAUGGACGAACGAUUGGGGCACUUUCUACAACUCACUCUAAGUACAUUCAUAAAGUUGACGUUCCCGCCUUUGAUUGGCCAAUCGCUCGCUUCCCUGUUUACAAAUACCCUUUGCAAGAAAAUAUUCUUGCAAACCAGGAAGAAGAUAAAAAAUGUCUUUCCGAAGUUGAAGGUUUAAUUGAAAAAUGGAAAAAAGCUGAUCAUGAUGUUGCUGGAAUCAUCGUAGAACCUAUCCAAUCUGAAGGAGGCGAUAAUGAAGCUUCACCAGAGUUCUUUCAAGAAUUACAAAGAAUUACUCGUCGUAACAGUAUAGCUCUGUUGAUUGACGAAGUCCAAACUGGUGGAGGACCGACGGGGAAAUUCUGGGCUCACGAGUGGUUUAAUCUCGAUGGGCCACCUGAUAUUGUAACAUUCUCCAAGAAAAUGCAGCUUGGCGGUUAUUUUCACUCUCUUGAUUUUAAACCAAAUAUUGAAUACAGAGUAUUCAACACAUGGUGUGGAGAUCCGGGAAAGGUUUUACUUCUUGAAGCUGUUCUUAAUGUCAUAAAACGCGACAAUCUCCUUGAAAACGUCAACAAAGCUGGAAAAGUUUUAAAAAGUGGACUUUUUGAAAUCGAGAACGAAUUUCCAUAUAUUUUAAACUCAACACGUGGUCGCGGAACUUUUCUUGCUAUUAACGCAAAGAAUUCCAAAACCAGAGAUAAUAUUGUAGCUGGCUUAAAACAAAAAGGAGUUCAAUCAGGUGGAUGUGGCGAGGUUUCCAUUCGCUUUCGACCAGCUUUAAUCUUCGAAGAGAAGCAUGCAAACAUCUUUUUAGAUAAGUUUCGAAAAGUUUUGAAAGGGAUAUCAAAUACAAUGUAAAAAGCUACGAAAGACAUUCUGCUGGGGAGAACGCAAACAUUUGAGAAGAAGCUACACGCACAUAAGGAUUCUCACUUUAUUCUUAUUUUUUAAAUUAAAAAAUUUGCUUUUAUUGAGUCUUCCAAAUAUAAUCGAUGUCAUGAUAUUGUUAGUUAGUAAUACAAAAUUGGAAUAAAAAAUUGUAUGAAUACACUGAAAAAGAUUCCCUUUUUUUUUGGAAUAAAACAUCCUUUUAAAAUUCAAAGA